UUUGAUUUGGAUAAUCCUUUUGAAAUAUUGUGCUUUGAUUAACGGCCUUACACGUUACACUUGUUUGACUUCUAUUGGACGAGGAUUUCCGGAUGGUUCAUCAGAGGAAACUGGACUUGGAAGAGGACCCAUGUCUGGUUCCUUAUCAUGUGACAAACCAAAUUCGAAAAUUCUUGUGACAAGAAUUAUUCAUGGCUAUGGACAUUUCAGAGCCUGCGCAAACUCCGAUCAAUCUUGUGACAAAGAAAUGUAUUCCGACACUACUAUUGCUUCCCAGUGUGAUGGAAAAGUGUCGUGUUUUAUACAAACGUUUCCUGAAUGGCUGCAAAAAUGUUAUAUGAUGAGUGACUUUGUUCAUGUAGAAUAUGAAUGCAUUUUUGAUACUUCAUUAUUUGAUGUAUGUCGUGAAACUACCAAGACGGUCGCAGACACAUCUGUAUUUGUCGUAUCGCCGAAUGUAUUUAAAGGGCCAACAUCUUCUACUCGGAAUUGGAAAAUUUGUGAAUGCAUAAUAAAUUCAAGGUACACAGAUCAAGUAAUGGCAGAUUAUAUCCAUUCCGAUGUGUUUGCAAACGGCGAUAAAUGUACUUCUAAUCAUGUGCUGAUUGAAAGUAAGCGUUUACCAAACCAAACAACGAUUGAUAAAACGGUAGAAGUAUGUGGACGCCGUACUGUAAGUAACCAGAUGUUUCGAGGCUCUGUUAGACUAACAUACAGGAAUAGCGGAGGUUCUAAGGAUGAUGGAUUUCUAGCUAAAUUUAGAGUUCCCCCAUUAGAUGAAGGUGCGGAAAUAAAAAUGCAAUGUGGACCAGUUAGAACAGCUGACGAUGAAGGUGAUGAUGUUCAACCAGAAUCUUCUCAAUCUUUUCAAGGGUUCAAAUCAUUUCGUGGGAGUUUUAAUGAUAGAUCGGGUAGUCGACAAUCCGUUUGGAAUAACCAUCCAGCAAUGCCAUCAUUUGUAGGAUCUCCCUUAACACCAUGGGGAGCGCUUGUUCCUCAAUUUGGUAACCCACAUUUUCAUGGAUGGCAACAGCAGUCACCACAAAACAUAAACAAUGCCAAUCCUUGGGGAACCGGAAACACAAAUAAUUCAAAUAAAUGGAACAGUCGAAAAACAGCUGUUAGCGGUUCACCUAGGGAUAACACAAAUCGAGGCACAUCUACAAACCGUCCAUGGCCAAGUCAAUCUUCUACAAACCCAAGGAAUAUCAACGAUAUUCCUUUGCAAUCGCCCCGUGAUCCGAGAAGGUUUUCUUUCACAAACGAAGCACACAGUUCUCCAUCUGCAGGUCAGUUAGGUGUUACAAAUCCUACAAGACAACAGACAGUUACUAAAGUUACAUCAUCUCAAUCAGAUCCAAGAACCAUGGCAGUUGACAGAAGUCCUGGUUUUAUUCCAUGGACACAAACAAACGCGAAACCUAAAAUUAAGAACGGUUUUAUACCAUGGACAUCAGUUCAAAAUCAGAAGAAAAACGUUCAAACUAGUGACUCGAAUAUUCAGGCUGAUCCAAUACAUGUUUCUCAGUCCAAAACCCAAAAAGUACAAGCAACAACUGACGGACCCCGCCUUCCAUCGUCGGUCCAAUUUAUCGGUAAUAAACAGUCCUUGAGGAUGACUGAUGAGGAAGCCAAGAUAGAAAUUGAUAUCGAUCCACCGCCAUCACCACGACUUAUAGCUGAGACUGAUUCGAAAAGGAAUUCAUCAAAAGGAGAAAGGCUAGCAUAUAUCAUAGGAGGAACAGGGACUGGAUUGAUAGCAUUUUGCUGUUUUACAUGUUUCGUAUUGUAUGUAAAAAAAAGAAAGUCUAGAAGCAGAGAUGAAACACAGAAAAAAUCGUGUGAUAUUGAACAAACUUGUAAUGAUUCAAUCAGCGACGAUCCAACUUACGCAACACCCUCUGAAGUAAGCAUCCGUACACCGUGUCCUGCGCAUGAUAAUGAAGCUUACGAUGAAGGUCAACCUUCAACUGAUACAGCCGAGGUUAAUGAAGAGAACGGAGAUAUUAAACAAACUUGUAAUUUUUCAAUUAAUGACGAUCCAACUUACGCAACACCCUCUGAAGUAAGUUUCCCCACACAGUGUCCUGCGCAUGAUAAUGAAGCUUACGAUGAAGGUCAACCUUCAGCUAUUACACUAGAUGUUAAUGAAGAGAACGGAGAUUCAGCAAUUAUAACAUCAACAUCAACUCAAACAUACAGAGACUAUACAGAAGAAAACUCCAUUUAUGAUAAUAAUUUAAAAAAUUGAGUCAUAUUAAAUUUGUUCAAGAUCCAAA